CACGCCACGACCAACCUGACAAAAACAAAAUUAUUUCAAGGCCAUCAAACAAAAAAUGGCUGUGUUAGCGGCAGCUCAGCUCUUGGACGAGUUAAUGGGGCGCAACCGCAACGUCGCCCCCAAUGAAAAAGUCAAAGAAUUGAACUGGGAGGACCCUGAAUAUUGCAAGUAUUUCAUGGUUAAAUUCUGCCCCCACGACUUAUUCGUGAACACGCGAGCUGAUUUGGGCGCGUGUUCGAAAGUCCACGAUGAAGAAAUCCGAAAAAUGUUCCAACAAGCGAAACCCCACCGAAAAAUCCACUACCAGGAGGAGUUUAUCCGUUUUUGCUCCUCCAUGAUCAAUGAAGUCGAACGUAAAAUACAAAAAGGCAAAAUGAGACUAGCCCUGAGCGGGAAAACCGAACUCCCGUCCAUAUCACCCGCACAAUCGCAAAAAAACCAAGAACAAAUUAAAAUCCUAAACGAGCGAAUCAACGGUCUUGAGGCUGAAGCAGAGCAGGCUGGAACCGACGGUAACGUGGAGCAAGCCCAAGGUUUGAUGAAACUUUGCGACCAGUUGAAGGAAGAACGCGACUCAUUACGCAAACAAAUCGAAAAUGGGCAUUGGAACGCCACGGCUGAGUUGGCCGCGGCCCAGGAAAAACAAAUGGAAGUGUGUCAAGUCUGUGGGGCUUUUCUCAUAGUCGGCGACGCCCAGCAAAGGAUAGACGACCACUUGAUGGGCAAACAACACGUGGGUUUUGCACGUUUAAAAUCCGCCUUGGAGGAAAUCACAGCUGUGGUUCAAACCGCCAAGGAGGAGAGACGCUCCGGUCGUAGUCUAGCAGGCCGUGAAAGUGAGAGAGAGCGCGAGCGUGACAGAGAGAAACGACGGGAACGAUCGGAACAUAGGUCGGAAAAAGACAAGGAAAAGGAUAGGAGAGACAAGGAUAAGGAGCGGAAGGAGAGGAGGGAGAGAGAGGCACAUAGGACGAAAGAACGGGAGAAGGAGAGGGAACGAGACCGGAAACAUCGCUCCGAUCGUGAUUCCGGGAGGAGGAGUCAUCACCAGUACCGCCGCUGAUUGGUUUUCUCUUAGACCAGUAAGAUCAAGCAAUCCAGGUAGGUGGCUUUCUAGUUUUUUGGUUGUAAUUUCUUUUUCAGCGCCACAGGUUAGUGAUUGCAUAAGUGACCUUUUUUGUUUAAAAUUUGUAAAUAGAUUGCGAUCCAACAAAAUUAUUACUUCGUGGAGUUCUUAUCAAAAUAAUAAGAAUUUCACCAAGCACAACAAUUGGAUCAAGUUUUCUUGACGCUUAGUUGACUCGUAUUCAGAUGGCGGUACGAUUUAAAAUCACAACCACAAAAUAUUAGACUUUAAACGUGAUUUUCUGUGAUAAUUAAGGUGGAAGUUUAAAGUUUCUAGGCCCUAUAAGAAAAUAACCCUGUAGAAAGUGCAUUUUUUUAUUCGAAAAUUUGCGUUUUGAGUACUUUUAUUUAGUCCUUGAGAAGGACGGGGCAAGAACGGUCCAAUUGUUGUGUUUUGAGGCCUUGGCGGUGUUUUAAUGCGAGAGCUAGGAAACGGUUGACUCCAUUUUUGUUUCUUCUAAGUUUUCAGCUGUAUUCAGGUAUCGAUCGAGAUGGUGUCGCCACUUGGUCACACUCACACAUUCGGUUGUUUUUGUACUUACCUGACAUUUUAAAAGAGGUAUUUAUACAUUGCACAUAGGAGUAUUGCUCCAUGCGGUGUCGGUUUUAUCCUUGUUUAAAAAUAAAUACUAAAAUUGGAAAAUGGGGCUAAAACUUGACGCUCGCUGUGUUAGUUCAAAUAACGCCGUUGUAAUCGAGGUAUUUAUCACGUGUUUGGAGGAAAAGUCUUGAGCACAACUAUUAAAUAAUUCUCUGGUCAAUUAGAGACAUUUCGUCCGAAUACGGCGGGUCAAAUCGUCAAAAAACCUCCCCCUGUUUCGUAUCAGCGUCUCAUCACUGGUCUGGAUUUUUGCAGUUGGCUACAAACAGGUGAGGUAACCAUGUCGAGGUCUCCGACGGGCGUUUGGUCUUCUGUGCAAUGAGGUGAUGAUUGUGUUUCCAUUCUAUUAAAUUAUUUGCCGUUCCAAAUGGAAGCACAGUUUUUUAUACUCUUGUAAAUUAUUUAGGAUAGGCUACGUUAAGUUAAAUGUAUGACACUUUACAAAUAAACUAGCAAUACUGUUA